AUGAACCCGCGCCUUGGGAAGCUGUUGCAGCUUUCCACGCCUCUCUGGGGCGUUCAAUGGAUGCCUGUGCGGUCACUUGGUAUCAGAUCGCUUAACCCUCCCAAACCCAGCAAGUACGAUACCGGCCCUGGCCUGCCCGUCCUCGAGUCAGCACCAGAGGCGGCUCUCCGGCGCAAAGCCAGAACCACACCUCAUCGAACCGGCGCCAUCACAAUCAAGAAGGGCAUGACUGCCAUCUAUGACCAGGAAACCGGCAAACGCACCCCAUGCACCGUCCUUCAACUGGACCGCGUCGAGGUCGUCUCUCACAAGACCCCCAAACAGCACGGUUACUACGCCGUCCAGAUCGGAGCCGGCUGGAAGCACCCUGAGAACAUGACCAAAUCACUUCUCGGCCACUUCUCCGCUCAUGGCCUUUCGCCCAAACGCCAUGUCUGCGAGUUCCGCGUCAAGAACGAGUCCGGCCUGGUUCCCGUCGGCCAGACCAUCGAUGCUUCCUGGUUCCAAGAGGGCCAGUUUGUUGACGCCCGUUCCAACUCAAAGGGUAAAGGAUUUGCUGGUGUCAUGAAGCGACACGGCUUCGGUGGUCAGGACCGCAGUCACGGUGUCAGUUUGACGCAUCGUUCGCUCGGUUCUUCCGGUCCUGGUCAAGGCGGUGGUUCCCGAGUCUACCCCGGCAAGAAAAUGGCUGGAAACAUGGGUAAUCAUCAAAGUACAGUACAGAACCUGAAGGUUCUCAAGGUGGACGCUGAGAAUGGGAUUGUGGUUGUCACCGGAUCGGUCAGUGGUCCCAAGGGAUGUGUGGUCAGGAUUCAGGAUGCGAUCAAGAAGCCGUGGCCAGAGAUUGGGCCGGCAGCAACGGCAGAAUCCGAGAUCGCACUGACAGAAGAGCCGGCUGCGACUGCGGCUGCUUAA